CCCCCCCCCCAGCCCCUCCUCCUGUGAGGGCCAGCAGACUUCACCAGCAGGAGGGGAGUGGAGGAGGAGGACGACUUUUACCAACCUCAGCGAUACCUCAGGUGUUGAAACGGAGCAGGUGAGGAGGAUUAGCUCCACCCCCUCACCAUGACAGACUUGGAGAGUGAGUGCCUGAGCCUGGGCCUGUCCCCCGAAUGCGGCUCGCCUCCCCUGCCGCUGGACUCCUCCCUGCAGGUGGACUGCGGCGCCGGGCCCAUCGGCUCAACCCCGACGCCCACUCUGGCCCUCCUCUCCUCCGACUGUCCCACGCCCACGCUCAGUUCACUGGCGGCGGAGAUCGCAGAGCCGCUGGUGAUGCUGCCGUGCGUGAAGAGCGAGCCGGAGGACGGUGACCUGGAGCCCAUCAGGACCGUGGACCUGUCAGAGAUCCAGCCGCUGUCCACCGCCGAGCUGGGCCAGGACCAGAUCAAGAUGGAGAUCAGUGGCCUCGACUACAUCAAGUCUGAGCAUCACGGUCACCACGGCAACCACCACCUGGGGCCGUUUCACCACAGUGACGUAACAGAGCUGGACUACAAGUCGCACUACGAGCCGAGCUCAGUGUUCGACUACAUCUCCCAGGUCACUGACACUCUGGAGUACAUCAAGUCGGACCACCACGUGGACCUACAGUGUUACUACACCGCCGAGCUGAGCGCGCUCAAGUCGGAGUACCCCGAGACCAACGCCAUGUCCGCCCACCUGCAGCACAACGGCCUCGAGUCCAUCCACAUGGCCGAGCUGCGCACGGAGCUCAACAAGCUCCGCCCCGACUCCCUGCUCUUGGACGGGAUCGGCAAACCAGACGCUGAGUUCGGAGGGGGGGCACUGUACGAGCUGCAGCCCGCACACGUGGGGAAGUCCUCCACGGAGGCGAUGAUGGCGGCAGGAAGGGCAGGAGGGAGUCUGGUGGUCACGACUAAAACGCAGAGCCCGACGGUGAGGAAACCUCGCAACAUGCAGGGUGAAAAACCAUUCUCCUGCACGCAGUGCGGGAAAAACUUCAGCACGCUGGGAAACCUGAAAACGCACCAGCGCAUACACACGGGCGAGCGGCCAUACACCUGCUCACAGUGCGGCAAGAGCUUCGGCCAGGCGGGCAACCUCAAGCGGCAUCAGCUCAUCCACACGGGCCAGAAACCGUACGUCUGCGCCCACUGCCCCAAAGGCUUCACCAAAGCCGACGACCUGCGCUCACACCAGCGGCUGCACACCGGCGAGCGCCCGUUCAUCUGCACCACCUGCGGCAAGAGCUUCAGCCAGUCCAAGGAGCUGAAGGCGCACCACCUGAGCCACACGGGCGAGCGUCCGUACUGCUGCCAGCACUGCGGCAAGAGCUUCACCAAGGAGACGAGCUACCGCAACCACAUCCAGAUCCACACCGGCGAGAAGCCCUUCACCUGCUCGCAGUGCGGAAAGACUUUCAGCAACUCGGGCGUCUUAAAAACCCACGAGAAGAUCCACACGGGCGAGCGGCCGUUCGGCUGCACGCAGUGCGGGAAGAGCUUCGGCCGUCUCGGCCACCUGAAGGCGCACCAGCAGAUCCACACGGGCGAGCGGCCGUACGCCUGCCCCCAGUGCGGGAAGACUUUCAGCCAGUCGGGCCACCUCAAAGCACACGAGCAGAUCCACAAGCGAGAGCGAGCGGACACGGCGAGCACCAGCAGUGACGGCGGCAGCAGUGCCGUGGGCAGUGACAGUAGCUAACUGCAAACCCUUUAACCUCCGGAAAAACAAAGUAUUAUUCCUUUUUUUAAAAAAAUACGAUAUAUAAAGCUUUUCCUCAUGAGUUUUUCUUACAUUUUCAUACCUUUUGUGCUCUUUUUGCAUUUUAUCUGUGGGCAGGGCGGACUGACGCAUUUGCUCUUAUGCAAGUGUCUUUGUGUGCGUACACGUUAUAUACCGUGUGU